GGCUUUGUCAAGGUCGAAUGGUCUAAAUUCUAACCUAUUUGUUGUUUAUAUGUAUUCAACGUUUGGCUAUCAAAAACAUUGUAUAAAUUUAAAUCAAGCUGUUUGUAUUUAUCCUGCGGUUUUUAAGAAUAGGGCGUUCCUAAUUAUUCCAAGAAUUUAAUGGGAUUAAUAGACGAUGAGCUCUCAGAGGUCAGGAAACUUUGCGAACAUGUCGUGCCCGGUAGCAAGCUCGUCUCUUGUGUGCAGACAAUGGUUAGAACGGAAAUAAAGCGGACUGAGUUCAAAAAAAUUAUUGUGUGUAUACAGUUUCCCCCAGACUACCCACAAACGCCUUUGCUUAUUGAGCUCAAAAGUAAAACUCUAUCAGAAAAGUUGUUGCAAGGUUUGACCAAUGUAUGUGAACAAGAGUUGAAAAAGUAUUUAGGGAAACCUCAGGUACUCAAUACUAUAAAGUUUUUACGCAAUUUUAUUGAAGAGAAUCCCCUCUCCUGUUGCUAUGAUGAAAUCACUGCCAUAAAGAAGUCACUAAGUGGCCAGGAUGAGCUCAAGUUGAAGCAAAAGACCUCGAGUUUGAUUUUGAAAGUUUUUAAUGUGAAAUAUUAUUUGAACUGUAGAAUUGUUGUUCCAGAUGAUUAUCCCAUAACUGCCGUGGACUUUCAAGAUGUUGAUACAAAUUUCACACAAUCAUUCUAUCGUCACAUGGUAGCGCAGGCAAAAGAAAUAGCAAGAAAGUGCGUAGAACCACCUUUGAGAAGGAAGCCUAACGAACCGAAAUUUGAACCCAGUCCAUCAUUAAGGAAGCCUGUUGAGUUUAUUAUUGAUUGUGUGAAAAGAUUGCCCACUGAAAAUUGCCAAUUAUGCAAGAAGAACUGCUUUCCAUCUGAUCCAGAAGAUCUGGAAAGGGAUGAAAAUUCUCCAAAAUACAUCGAGAGAGUCUAUUGUGGCCAUCUUUUCCAUCAGGAAUGCUUUUUCAAAUACAUGAAGACACCACCAUUUGGAAAUAAGAAGUGCUCAACCUGCAAUAAGAGAAUCUACCAUUUCAAAUGGUCUUUAACUGAUAAACUUGCAGAAGAUAGAUGGGCGCAUGAACAAGCAAGGGAAAGAGAAUUGCAAGAAGUCACCGAAUUUUUUGAAUAGAAUCAUAUAUUGAUUUUUGUACUCAUCUGGAAUAUAUUAAUUUUAUGCUUAUA